AUGCAACACCUUCUUCUCUUUUUUAAUUUUUUGCUACUAACUAAGUCAUCCUGCGGAGUUGAUGUCUUUUGUGGACAUCUUGAGAUUUUCAACGAAAAAAGAUUCGGACAAGGAGCGAUUACCGUAUCCUCCCAAACGACAACUGACAUGAAGCAGUGUCUAGAUGUUUGUUGUUCAAUACCAAUUAUUUCCUAG